GAGAGAAAGCGGAACCCCCCGACACCCGCCGCACACACCCGGCCAGAGGAGGAAGAGAAGGGGGCAUCUCUCCAACAGGGACUUGUAGUGGACAUCUGUGACUGCUGAUCGUCUUUGUUGCACAUCAUAUAAAAGCGCCAUCAUGGCCACCGCACCUUACAAUUACUCAUAUAUCUUCAAAAACAUCAUCAUUGGUGACAUGGGAGUGGGGAAAUCUUGCUUGCUGCACCAGUUCACUGAAAAUACAUUUAUGACAGAUUGUCAUCAUACAAUUGGUGUGGAAUUCGGUACCUGGAUAAUUGAUGUUAGUGGGCAGAAAAUUAAAUUGCAGAUUUGGGAUACAGCAGGACAGGAGCAUUUUCGAGCUGUCACUAGAAGCUACUACCGAGGGGCUGCGGGGGCACUAAUGGUCUAUGAUAUAACUAGGAGAAGCACAUAUAACCAUUUAAGCAGCUGGUUGACUGAUGCAUGGAACCUCACCAAUCCAAACCCAGUAAUCAUUCUAAUAGGCAAUAAGACAGACCUGGAGGCCCAGCGUGAUGUCACAUACAAGGAGGCCAAGCAGUUUGCUAAGGAGAAUGGACUCCUGUUUCUGGAAGCAAGUGCAAAAACAGGAGAGAACGAGGAAGACGCCUUUCUGGAAGCCGCCAAGAAAAUUUACCAAAACAUUCAAGAUGGAAGCCUGGACCUGAAUGCUGCAGAGUCUGGUGUACAGCAUAAACCAUCAGCACCUCAAGGAGGCCGCCUAACCAGUGAACCCCAACUGCAGAGAGAAGGCUGUGGCUGCUAGUGACCUGUCUCUGAGGGCCACCUUCUUUCUGACCUUCCCUGCUCGUCUGUCUUGAGCAGUAUUUUUUUUUUUUUGCUGCCCUGUACAUCGUACUGGUUUCAUGAAAAGGUGGG